CACACACACACACACACACACACACACACACACACACACACACACACACACACACCAGGGGUAGUUAGUAACCACACGUGGCGUCGCGGCGUCAUGUUCUUGGCACACGUGGCGUCGCGGCGUCAUGUUCUUGGCACACGUGGCGUCGCGGCGUCAUGUUCUUGGCACACGUGGCGUCGCGGCGUCAUGUUCUUGGCACACGUGGCGUCGCGGCGUCAUGUUCUCGGCACACGUGGCGUCGCGGCGUCAUGUUCUCGGCACACGUGGCGUCGCGGCGUCUGCAAAUGUGGCGUCAUGUCCUCUGCACACGUGGCGUCAUGUCGUCAUGUCCUCGGCACACGUGGCGUCACGUCGUCAUGUUCUCGGCACACGUGGCGUCACGUCGUCAUGUUCUCGGCACACGUGGCGUCACGUCGUCAUGUUCUCGGCACACGUGGCGUCACGUCGUCAUGUUCUCGGCACACGUGGCGUCACGUCGUCAUGUUCUCGGCACACGUGGCGUCACGUCGUCAUGUUCUCGGCACACGUGGCGUCGCGGCGUCUGCAAAUGUGGCGUCACGUCGUCGUGUCCUCUGCACACGUGGCGUCACGUCGUCGUGUCCUCGGCACACGUGGCGUCACGUCGUCGUGUCCUCGGCACACGUGGCGUCACGUCGUCGUGUUCUCGGCACACGUGGCGUCACGUUCUCGGCACACGAGGCGUCACGUCGUCUGCACACGUGGCGUCACGUCGUCUGCACACGUGGCGUCACGUCGUCUGCACACGUGGCGUCACGUCGUCUGCACACGUGGCGUCACGUCGUCUGCACACGUGGCGUCACGUCGUCUGCAAACGUGGCGUCACGUCGUCUGCACACGUGGCGUCACGUCCUCUGCACACGUGGCGUCACGUCGUCUGCACACGUGGCGUCAUGUCCUCUGUUGUCGUGGCGUUGUGUCCUCACAGGAGAGAGUGAGUGUAAACAGACAGCAGCAUGGCGUGGCCUUUGGUUUAAAUCAUUGUUCUUCUGGUGUUCACCAUCCUGUGGUUCCACUUCCUG